AUGGCUCCCGUUUCUUUAGACAACCCGGUGAUUCGUUCGUACCUCUUUUACUCCGGCGUACUCGGUCUGAAAUUGUUGGGAACCGCUUUGCUGACAUCGAAGGCAAGAUACACGCGAAAGGUGUUCGCUAACGAAGAGGACGCGAGGUACUCAGGAGGCGUAGUGAAGGUGAAUGACCCCGAAGUGGAGCGGGCGCGUCGAGCCCACCUGAACGACUUGGAGAAUAUUCCAGUAUUUUGGAUUCUCGGUGCGAUAUUCGUCACGACAGGCCCGAGCGCCUCCGUCGCCACUCUCUUGUUUAGAACUUACACUGCCAUGAGGUUCCUUCAUACAAUCGUGUACGCGGUGAAGCCUCUACCACAACCGACGAGAGCCAUCGUCUUCACUAUACCAUUCCUCCUCACCGUUUACAUGGGCGUGAACAUAAUCAUACAUUACGCUGAAGGAUUUUAA